AUAAGAGUCGAAUUGACUGCUGGAGGUGGUGGCAAUAAAAGUGUAGCACGUCGUAAAAAGCUCGAAGAAAAAAAAAAGAAAUUGAGUGAAGAGAGACGUAGAAUUCACGAGACCUAUAUUGCGCCCACGAAAUCCAAAUCUUCGAACGAGGAUGGUAAAACUUCUGAUACGAAGCUGAGUGAAAAGAUUGAUGGAAAUUUGGGUAAACUUGUGAUGGUUAAAAAACCGAGGCGAUUGAAGGGUUCCAACGCUGUUAAGCCAAAUAAAAUUAGAAAUUUCGGUGGUUGA